AUGGUCCAUUGGCAAUUACUUAUUCUUUUUACUGUAUUCGUAACAACAAUUUGUAUAUUUCCGCCAAUGAAGGAGGAAAAUUUUAAAUUAUGCUUACACUUUACGGGUGCAUAUGAUGGUGAUUUGAAAUGUGCUAAUUAUUGUAAAACAAAAGGGAAAACUGGAGGACGUUGUGUUAGGAAACGAUGUGUUUGUCGUAAUAAUAAUGAAGAUGAAGAUGAAAAUGACAAUGAAGAUAGAGAGCAUAGAAGACCUAAAACAGGAAAUCAACAAUCGUCAUUAUUUGCAAGACGAAAGCGAAUGUUAUAUAUAAAUUCGAUUCAAUGA